GUGGAGUCACCUUUGCUGUUGCUGAGCCGUGCUGUGUAAAGACACAACCUCGGGAUUCCAGCACGCUCCUAUCAUCAUGAACCUUAUUUGUAACAUUUUGCUCAUUGUGAGCGUUCUACAAUUGAGCCAUUCGGUGGUGCACAAUGGUCCUCUACUCCAGACCAAACUGGGAGCUCUCCGGGGAGACUACCUCCGUGUUCAUGGAAAGGCAACCGUGGUGCACGCUUACCUCGCUGUACCUUUUGCCAAACCUCCUGUUGGGAACCUUAGACUUGCUCCUCCCCAGCCUGUGGAAGAAUGGCAAGGGCUCAGGGAUGCCACCAAGAUGCCUCCAAUGUGUCUACAGAAUGAAGUGCUGAUGGAAGAGCUGGGGGCGAAGUCUAGCCUUAUCAUGGACAAGCCUGAGGUCUCUGAGGACUGCCUGUAUCUCAAUGUGUACACCCCUGCUAAGCCUGCACAGGAGGCCAAGUUACCCGUUAUGGUGUGGAUACAUGGCGGAGGGUUUUAUCUGGGAGGCGCCUCUCCCACCGAUGGCUCUGUGUUGGCAGCGUAUCAGAAUGUGGUCGUGGUGGUAAUUCAGUACAGGCUAGGACUGCUGGGAUUUUUCAGCACUGGGAAUGGUGACGCUCCAGGAAACAUGGGCCUUUUGGACCAGGUGGCAGCACUGCAGUGGGUCCAGGAGCACAUCGGCAGCUUUGGAGGAGACCCUUCCUCCGUCACCAUAUUUGGGGAGUCUGCAGGGGGCGUGAGCGUGUCCUUACAAGUCCUUUCCCCGCUCAGCACAGGCCUGUUCCACCGCGCCAUAGCACAGAGUGGCACAGCAGCCAUGUCUUCCAUCAUGGAAGUCAACCCUAUGGCCACAGCUAUGCGUUUUGCAAAUGCAACAAAUUGUGAAGGCACCAAGUCGCACCAGAUUGUAGACUGUGUGAUGCGGAUGUCAGCCGAAGAUAUAAUGACGUUUUUACAGGAGAACCCACAAGUAUCCUUUUUUGUGGUCGUUGAUGGACAUUUCCUGCCAAAGCCGGCGACAGAACUGUUACAGUCUCAGGAGUUCAGCAAGGUGCCAUUAAUGAAUGGUUUCAACAACCAUGAAUGCGGCUGGCUAAUGCCUUCAUUUAUGGCACCACCUGACUGGGUGGAUGGGAUGGAUCGUGACACGAUCAAAAACAUUGUGACUUUUUUUCUGCUAAGUGAACUGAGCACGGAUCUAAUCCUGAAUGAGUAUAUCGGUACCGGAGAGGACCGUGUCAAAAACAGAGACGGUUUCACAGAGUUCUUUGGAGACCAUUUUUUCACCCUUCCUGCUAUCACUCAAUCAAAUGCUCACCGAGAUUCUGGAGCUGUGGUUUUUGCAUACGAAUUCCGUCAUCCCCCCAGUAUUCUGGCACAAAAGCGGCCCAGUUUCGUCGGAGCAGACCACGCAGAUGAGCUCGCCUUUAUGUUUGGAAGCUGCUUUUCUAACAGCCAUGUUAGGCUAAACGGCACUUUCACUGAGGAGGAAGAUGACCUGUGCAGAACUAUGAUGGCAUACUGGGGCAACUUUGCACGCACUGGAUCUCCCAAUGGGCUUGGUCUAACUCACUGGCCAGACUAUGGCGCUGGUGAGAACUACCUGUGCAUUGGGCUGAAGCAGCAGGUUGAGCAGCACCUGAAAGCUGACCGAUUCACCUUCAUGACCCAGACACUACCAGAGAAAAUCCAGCAGCAGCAGCAGAAGCAGCAGCAUGGGGAUUUGUAAACAGGAUGAGUCUUCUCAAAGAGCUAUUCUUUUGAAAAUAAAAUAAAUACAUUGAAAUCUGUAGAGGGACAGUCCUGUCACUGCAACCAAGAUGCCCUGCAGAGAACAUAUCCCAUUCCAUCCUUUCUGCUCUCCCAUGUACAGUAAGCCAUCACGACUGGGGGAUGAAAAAUCACUUUAUACUUUGAUAAAUGUAAUAAAAUUUGCCACCAUCUUAUCAAAUGUGUGUAAUAUUAUUACCGUUUUUUACCUAACC